UCUCUCCAGAUUAGCAGAUUUGUGAUUGUUGUUUUUUCUUUCUUUCUUUCUUUUUUUUUUAACCCAGCAUCACGCAGGGCUGCACGCACUGCGCGAGCCCUGUCGUCCGGAUCGAUAUAGAUUUUUGUUUUAGGGAGUAUAAACAGCAGACAUCUGUCAGUGCUCGUAUCUCACUGAAUGCAUUUGCUGUUGAUUUUCCUUAAAGCAAGCAAACAAACAAACAUAUGACGCAUGUAUAGUGAAUAAUAAUAAGAAAGGAAAAAAAACCAACAACAACACACCUCCCAUUCUGCUAUUACAUCACAGCUUCUGCAUCACUGCAUUUACGUGUGACAACACACACGCUGAGGGAGGAGUGGCUGAGACCCGAAUAUGAACAUAACAACGAGUGGUUACAGCACGUGAUGGAGAUAUGAGGCAGUGUUUGUAUAUAUUCUAGGUAAAAAUGGCGGUGGAGAAGCGUCUGGCGUUCUCUAUUGUGCAGUUCCUACGAGAUCAAACACAUUGCGGCGCUUUGAAUUCUGAUGAGCAGGAGAGCCUUGAAGUUGCGAUACAGUGUUUGGAGACGACCUUUAAGAUCAGCUCCAGCGACUGCCACCUCGCCGUGCCACAGCCUCUGAGGGAGAUAUUCCUCAACUCACUGCUCAAGAAUGACAACCUGACCGUACCAGAGACGUCCCCCUCUCCAGAAGACAUCGAACGAGCAGAGCAGCUUAAGAAUGAAGGGAACAAUCACAUGAAGGAGGAGAACUACAGAUGUGCGGUCGAGUGCUACACAAAGGCCAUCGAUCUGGACCUAAGAAACGCUGUGUACUACUGCAACAGGGCUGCAGCUCACAGUAAACUGGGAAAUUACACAGAGGCGACAGGCGACUGCGAGAGAGCCAUUGGGAUUGAUCCCACGUACAGCAAAGCGUACGGAAGAAUGGGUUUGGCUUUGACGUCCAUGAGCAAGUAUCCAGAGGCAAUAACCUACUUUAAGAAAGCUCUGGUGUUGGACCCCGAGAACGAUACGUACAAGUCCAACCUGAAGAUCGCAGAGCAGAAGCAGAAAGAAGCAACCAGCCCAAUAGCUGCUGGAUUGGGUUUCGACAUGGCUAGUUUAAUCAACAACCCUGCCUUCAUCAGCAUGGCCGCGAGCGUGAUGCAGAACCAACAAGUACAACAGCUUAUGUCAGGAAUGAUGUCGAACGCGGUCGGCGGGCCUGCAGCCGGAGUGGGCGGACUGUCGGACAUUUCCAGCCUGAUCGAAGCAGGACAACAGUUUGCGCAGCAGAUCCAGCAGCAGAACCCAGAGCUGAUCGAGCAGUUAAGGAACCACAUCCGGAGCCGCUCCUUCAGCGGCAGCGCCGAGGAGCACUCAUGAUCUCCUCAGUCCCACGUUUUUUUUUUUUCCAAGGAAGGGCAACCAUAUGGCGCGAUUUACAAUCUCUACACCCAUUUCUCAAGUCAAAUCCCCGGCAUAGCUGGACUGAAGAGACAAGGAUGGGGUUGAAGGCACUUUACUGUGACUAAAAGGCUCCGGAGCGGAGAGAGAUGAGGGGGGCCUGGAGACUGGACCAUGAAAUGAAGCAUCCCACACAUCUAGGGCAACAAAAAAAAAAAAACACACACUGUAAAAACACCUAAUCUUUAAAAAAAUUUAAAAAAGAGCCAAGAAGUCAUGCAGCCUACAGAGAGAAACAUGAGUAAAUCCUGUCUUCAGAGCUUUUCACGUGUUUUUGUAUGUGCUGAAAAACACACUGCCCUCUUCAUGUUAUGAGUUGAGGAUCCUUCCGUCUAGUCACGAUGAAACGGAGGGUUUGGGAGGAAUGUACUUUUACAGCCUUGCAGGGAACAUACAAGCUUUUUUCUCAUACAGUAACAUCAGGUUUGUUUAUACUGCAUACUGUUUCAUAUUAUUUUUGUAGACAGAAAAUAAAAAAUAACGCUCUUACUGGAGGAUAAACACCAUCCGGUCCUCGAACACUUAGGACUCACAUCACUGCUUUUGAAAACGACUUAAUUUUGAAUUGAGACGACCGUCUCAAUGGUAUAGCAGUGUUUGCCGCCUGCAUUAUGUUGUUAUUGCACUUUAGCAAAAAUAAUAAAUGUCCCCCCCCUUUAAGCAUAUUUAAUUGUUCAUUAACUGGUAAUAAAGUAUCCAGACUGUUCAUUUUGCAUGCUCUUAAAUCUGGUAUUUGAGAUCAGAUGCUUUAUGGAAACAAAUAGGUAUGCUAGGGCAGCACAGUGUUUUGUCUAAAAACAUGUGAAUAAAUGUCUUGAAAUUGA